AUCUGCGGUGCACGAUACUUACCGUCAACCGGCAGCCAGAUGUGCCUUUACAAGUUAAUUUGUGCGAUUACCACGAGAGCGUUAUUUCUCAUCGUCUCUCUGGUCAGCGUCUGGAGGGUGACAUGGGUGAAGCAGGAGCCCAACUACUGGCUCCUCACCAUCCUCUUUCUGCCGCUGGUCGUUGAAAUGAUAAUAACGCUUAAGAGUCGAAGGGGAAAAGAUUAUAAAUGGUUUUCUCCGGCCAUCUUUCUGUUUCUCAUCAGCAUUAUUCCCUCCAUCUGGAUCCUGGAGCUCCACAACCAGAAUGAGAAAGUCAACGUCUCUCAGUGCAGAAAGCUCAACUCGUGGGACAAUCUGCGUAAUAUAAUCACUCUGAAUGAGACCGGAAACCUCACAUCCCAUAACUACCUGGAGAAAUUGAACCAGGUGUUAACGACUGUGUGUUCCAACGACUGGAUCCUGGCUCUUCAUCAGAUCCUGCUCCUCCUCCUCAUCGUGGGGAAGUGGCUCCUCCCGCUGGGAGGCGGAGUCACGCGUGAUGAGCUCUCGCAGCUUCUGCUCAUUUUUGUUGGCACUGCAGCAGACAUCCUCGAAUUUACUAGUGAGACGCUGUCAGAUGUCAAAGAGAACAGUCCUCAGCUGGUCUACAUCAUCUUAGCUGUGUGGUCUUGGAGCAUGCUGCAGUUCCCGCUCCAUCUGGCUGUGGUGAACUCCAAACCAGAUUGUGAUGGCGAGCAGGGGGCCAAGGAGGUGUCGCUCUUAUCUAAGCACAGCACGGACAUGUGGAGCAUCGUGGAGGCCUUGUUCAUCCAAGACGGGCCUUUCCUGGCGGUCAGGCUCACCGUUAUGACCUAUUUUGACGUCUUCCACCAGAUGCUGGUGUUCUUUGCCAUCAAGAACUUCCUGGUGGUCAUACUGAACUUGUACAGGUUGGUUAUUUUAUGCCAGGACUUCCGCAGUAGAGCCGACCGGGACAGCGCCGUCCCGUGUGUUUGACGAGUCCUCUCCGGGAGCCCGAGAGAUGUUACUCUCGCAUCUGUACAGUCACACCGGACUGGUAAGAACUGCAAUUGGAGGAGGAAGAGAAGGCAAUGCUUGCUUUCUGUUUUCUUCUCACAAUAUACUUUAAAAUUACCUCUCAUUUUGUGAGGAAGGAGCCUGGAAGACAUUCAGAUAAAGCAGUUAAAAAGUUUAAAGAAAUACCCAGAAUUCAACACAAUAUUGUUUGACUUUGUCCCAUUUUGUAUUUACACCAUUUCAAAGCCUUACAGUCUCUCACGCCGGGUGCCGUCAGUAAGUCCCUGAGGGUUCAGGGUUCAAGGCCUUAGGGGGCACAUUAGGAAAGGGACAUGAAGUGUUGACUGAAGCUGAGCUUGAGAGAGUGUUUCCUUAUCUGAACCCGGACAGGAAGUUAGAAUAUAUUGCCAAAGCAUCCAAUGUUAGUUGCUAGUUUGAAAAAAUCCACCUUAUCAGCACUGGACAUACAUUCUGUUAUUAGUAUAUGAUUUGAAUGGAGAAAUUUUUUUACCAAACUAUUUCAUGGUAUUUUGUUCCUAUAAUUUCCCUUUGAUGACUCAAAGUUUGAGUUAUAUGUGUGACUUGCCCUUUAAAGCCAUGGAUUACUUACUAGUUUUAUAUACGUACUUAUUGUUCCGAUUGUAACGCGGAAUCAGGGAAAUAUAGAUGGGAGACAGAGGAAAAGGAGGGAACCGAACAAAAAAUUCAGUUUUAUUUUUUAUAUCUAGCCCAAUAGCACAAAUAACACAUCCUCCUCAGAGGGCUUUGCAAUGUGUACAGCAUACGAAACCUUCUAUCCUUUUCCACCCUCACUUCAGAUAAGGAAGGGAGAAAAAAAAUGUGGGGGAUCAGUCAAAUAAAUAUUACAUGUGAACAUUACUGAGCACAAUACUGAGCACCCGCUGUGCCAGCACCUACAGUAAGUGGAGCCAGGCUUCUGUUUCGGUAAGGAAGGGCAGAUGUUUUAAAGUGUGAUGCACAGCUUCUUGUUGAGCGGAAGUGACCACAGGGACCACAGGAAGACAGGAAGUUAGAGAGAUAUACUGGAUGACAUAAAGUGAUGACUGAAGCUGAGAUUGAGUUAACCCAGACAGGAUGAAGACAUCUUAUCAGCACUGGAUCAGGAAGGCCAUGAAUUAUGUUUUUUCUUUUUUAUAUUUGUAUAAGGAUAUUAUUUUUCCAAAAUAACUUGCGUUAUUCUGUAUUUGCCCUUUAGUUUUUUUUUUUAAAGGAGAAAUAUUGUAUUUACGAGUCAACAGAUUUAUUAUCUAAUAUCAUUUCAAAUAAAGAGACGCGACUUGACAUUUCACUCAGGUAAUCAACUCAGUUAGAGUUAUUUGCACUACUUGCCCUUUUAAAGCUGAUUAAUAUUGGCUUUAUAAUGCCAAAGAAUCAGUAUUACAACUCUCUGGUUUGCAACUUCAACUCAAACUGUGUAUUUUGACGGUUUAUGUGAAGAAUAAAUGAUGUGAGCAUGUUUGCACUUCUCAACUGACACCUAAAACAAGAGUUCAUCUCACAGUCGCUUCUCUCAAUAUUCCAAUUAAAAUCCACAUUUAAAAAAAUGAACAUUGACUGAUUGUAUUCUCUACAUCUACAAACACAGACCACUGUCUCCCCAUGGUGGACAUCAGAGUCUUAACACCCACAAAAGCCACUAACCACUAUAUAAGCCAACAUAAAUAAAAACUAUAAAAUGUAUUGUGACAAAUAAAAUAAAGAAUAAUUAAACUAAAACAUG